ACGUUGUUAUCUCGGAUACAACACUGGCUGUUUCCAACAAUGUUAUGGAAGUGGAAAUUACCUUGGCAGUGACGCAGAUAUCAGCUGCUUUCUAAUUACAAAUACACAACGGCGGUGUUGUUUUACCUUACAGGUCAAACUGCUUGAGGCGAGGUUAAGAAGGCAGGACCUUCUUGAUAAUCUCAGCCCAUGGGGGGGAUUGAACCACCCUGUUGGCGCCACCGUGCAUUGCGCCGUCCAGCUAACUCAGCUGGUAUCCGUGAUACCAACAUCCUAAUUUCACUCCAAAGUCUGCUGUCAUUUUUAAAAAUAUAUCAAUUAACACAAAUAUUGAUAGGUUCGCCAUCGUUACAAUCAGUUUGUGCCUUUCUCGGUAGAGGAAGGUAAAAGAGAAUUGGAAUAAUCGCGCUCCAAAAACGAACGAUUUUGACCCUGCGGGCUCCCCGUAAUGUUAAUCCCCCUCCCGUGGAUUGACCGUUGCUGUAAGGGUUGCGGCGAAGUCUCGACGAGAUGCAGAAUCCCCACCAGUUCUCGGUUCUCAUUACCUCCUGCAUCAAAACCCCCGUAAAUCCGAAGACCAGGAUACCCUCUACUCUGUACGAGAGAAGGAAAGCGCCGACUUUACGAAACAGCCAGAAACCAUCUGUCGCCGAGGAGAAUGAAAAUGACUCUGAUCCUGAUACCAGUGAAGCAGUGCAACCCAGAACAACUCAUUAUAUGGAUGAUAGCGAUUCCAUAAUCCCCAGUAAUUUAUGUGGCAUGUCCAACGAAGACUACUACAAGAAGGUCACAGAAUUAAAAAAUGCACAUGCCCACACUAUAGCAAUACUAGCAAAACUGUGUGAGAACAAACUAUGUGUCAGAAGCAUGGCAGCUACUUUGGAGGAUCCCUGUGAGUCUUCAGUGCAUUACAGUUUAGGUAAGAAAAACAAUGUCUACCUAUCUCACUCAACAACUCAGGUGGGCAGUACUGCACACUCAAGCAUGUCAGAAAUGUCAAAAGAAGAUCAGGAAAAAGGUGGGGAAAAUCGCAUGUCCUACGGAAAGGAUCGAAUUCAGGGAAUGUGGGAUGGAUUUUCUGUGCAGGACUAUAUUUCAGAUGAAGAGCCCCAGAAGCCCAAAAGCUCAAAUUUACCAUUUACAAAAAUGCAGAUAAUGAAGAAGGAGCAAAAGCAGUGGUCACCGAAGAUUACAAUACCACAACCUUUCCAGAUGACUCUUAGAGAGGCUGAGAAAAAACUGAAGAAACUGAAGAUAAAAUCUAGGUCUGAAAUUGAAGCAGAGAAUCAGAUGCUAAGAAAGCAAUUAGAGGAAGAAGCAGAAUGUCAGAAAAAGUUCCGUGCUAAUCCUGUGCCAGCCCAUACCUACAUUCCUUUGCUGGCAGAAAUAGUAGAACGGAAUGAAGAAAGAAGGAGGUUUGUAAAGAUGAGAAGCCAAGAAAUUUUACAGGCUAUGCAAAAACCAUUUGUCUUUCUUGAAAGAGAGGAGAAAAAGAAAAAAGUCAGAAAAAUGCAAAUAGAGGAACUGAAUAUUUCAGUAAGUAAACCAAAGAAAUUUAAAGCAAAACCAGUUCCUAGAUACCUUUAUGAUCAAACAAUUAGUGACAGAAUUAAAGAGCAAGAACUCUACCGAGUAAUUAAAAUGAAAGUGAGAGCUCAAGAGACAUUACGUGGUGCGUCUCUUCCAAAAAAUAUGCUUCAUAAUACCUUAUUGGAAAAGAAGAAAGCAAUAUGUUGGAACCCAGAUAGAGAACUGAAAUUCAAACCCAAGAUUAAUACUAAAGUACCAAAUUUUGAGAUGUUGCACAGAAAGUCUCGUAGACAGUUUAUGAGAAAGGAGGAUUUGAAAUUGACAACCGUGUGUGAACCCUUCCAAUUGCUCACUCCUCAGCUUCCCUCAAAAAAAGAAAAGGUGUUGAAUGAUAUAAUGGCAGAUGAAAAUCAUUUAAAAGAGACCCGCUGGCCUUAUUUGCCGUGCAGAAACCAGUGGAAAUCACAUGACAGCACAAAUUCAAAUCAGUCAGGAUCUUUGGACUUGAAAAUUACAAAGGUCACUGAGUGUGAAAAGAAGAGAAAAGAAGCUGUUAGGAAAUUGCUGGAAGAGAAAAAGAAGAAAGAAGAAAAAGAGGAAAACUGGAAACGAGAGCAGAAACUGAGGGAAAGAAAAUUGAAAAAAGUCAUAUCUACCCGUGCCUGGGCCAAUGAUCCACACAAGAGCCUGGCUGAAGUCUCGAGAUCAAAACUGAAACAAUAUAGGAAUCAUCAAAGAAAAAGAACAAAAGAAUACCUGCUGGAGCUUGAGGAGAUGCAGGAUAGGGUAAACAGGAAGCCUCUGCUCUUAGAAGAGCUCACAAUGAGGAAUGCCAGAAGAGCAGCAGAAAGACAAUAUGCUGCAGCACUAAAAUUACAGGGAUUGAGUGAAGAUUUUGUAUCUAGAAAAGGUCACUGUGUCCCAGACUAUGUUUCACAUUCCAGUGAUGAGGAGUCUGAGAAAAGUAAAGAUAAUAGUAAAGAAAGUUCUCAGGAAGAAACUGAUGGAUUUGAAUCUGAUGAUGACUAAAAUGAUAGCGAGCUUAUUGAGGAAUCAAGAGACAUGGAAGAAAAGGGAUUUAAAGAAAAUGAAGAUGAGUAACUACAAAGAAAGCAGCGAACAUGAAGAAUUUUAUAUACGUGGUAAAUGUAUAAGAUUUAUUGAAUAUUAAUUAUGUUUCUUUUAUUACUUCCUGGUGAUACUGUUUAGAGUUUGAAAAUAUGAUCAGGAACUAGUAAAUUCUAAUAUUUAUGGUAGAUCACCUCAUGAUGAAACUGAUUCACUUUCAUGACUGAAGCUUUUUAGCAAGUGUCUGACCAGUUUGUCGUAUGCAUUCUUAAACAUAUACCAGAAUACCAAUCAAUACUGAUGUCAACUAUUUUUACUGAUUUGUGAAAAUAUUUCAAGCAUUUCCUAUGAGGGAAUCUGCUGAAUGACUUAUGUGCUGUAUAUUAGCAUGAAUAUAUACUUACAUUAAUGUUUGAACUGUUUUCUAAAACUUCUGCCCAAAUAUUCAGCCGAUUUAAAAUUGUAAAUUGCGAUGACAGAAUCCAAAUCACAUGCGCAAGCACAUUUGUUUUCAGAUGCAGGUUCAUUUAAAAUAACUAGCCUAAAUUACAAAAUCACGAUGAUGAACUACAAAGUUAAAAUGUCGACGACACUUUAGUUAAUUCCAAAUUGGAACUCAUCAGAUUCAAACUGUUCGCAUCUGAUUCUGAUUUAAAAAUUAAGAUUUCAAAGCCUUGAAGGAAAGCAAGCACUCUCUUCCUAUAGUAACAGAAAAUGUGCUGAUAAUGUUUUUGCUGACCCACUAUGAACUACUAAGGGUAAAUUGGUUCAUUAUGUGUCUAGAAUUCUUCGUUUGUAUUUUGUAAUGCGAAUGGAUCCUGAAAAAUACAAAAUAAGUGAUUCAGUUUUGCUUAAUGGAAAAAGAACAACAUUUGUACAUAAUGUUAAACAAAGGGAGUAAGCUAAUUUUGUGAACGGAAAAUACUAUGCAAGAAAAUAUAGAGAUCAAUAAAAGAUACUAGCCUAGCCAGCACAGUCGUACAUUCCAUGAAUAAAUAUAAAAACAACUUCUGCCCUUCAGUUUUCUCAUUGGUAGAAUCCAACAGCAAAUUUAUUUAUUAAAAAAUACAUCCUCAAACCAGGGAUAAUAUUUGAAAUCAUCAAUAGAAGCUAUUUUUCUUAGGCUAUAUCGAAUGAUCUUAUUUAAGUCUAUACACGUUGGUGUAUUUGAGCCAUUUAAACCUACUUUUGAGUGGUAGUAUGUCCAAAUAAUCUAAGACACUGGAUUCAGAUUCCAGUCUCUUUGGAAGCAUGGGUUCCAAUCUCACUGCUGACAAACUAUUAGGAUAAUUGGCAUUCAGAUGCUUUAGUAUCUUCUUUGGGGUGUAUCAUAGCUCCUGGUAAUGAUACUUUGAUCUAAUUUUGAAAACUUUCUAUUUGUAAGUUUCAGUUGACCUCUUGACAUUUUGUUACAAUGUCCAACAGAGACCUGUCUAAACCAUGACUGUUAAAUUAAAAGUUUCACCUUCUAAGGUGAACCAUCAGGGUUAAUUUAGAAAAAUUGAAACGGGGUGAGACAACCCACAGAGACUUCCAGACUUUUACUCCACCUGGUGUGGAAAUCUUGAACAAAACCUCCAAAUGGACUAUCCUUGAGUAGAGAGGACCAGUUCCUCUGUCUCAGAUAUUUAUCUUCACUUAAAAAUGCUAACAUCAAUUAUUUCCAGUAAUUCUUCGAGCCAUUCAUCAAGUGUUGGGUCUGUCAGUUCGAAAAAUCGUGGUCUGGCAAUUAAAUGGCCAUACAAACUGACCUAUGCUAUCAAAUGCAACUUACGUAAAAAUUACUGGUGUUGAAGGAAGCAUCUCAAAUACUAAUGAUUUUUAUGCAAGGAAAGAUCAUUUACAAUUUCUAUAUAUCACUGAAUCAAAUAUACCAGAGUAUCUUUUAUUCUCAAUAUUUCCAGUUUAAUCCAUUAUAUUGAAUUUCAAACUCUUCAAUCAGAGUACUUGUUUUUCUUUACAGUUAUAUUGUGUGACUGGCGAACUAUGAUUUACAGUGCUUACUCAUUUGGCCCCACACUUAACGUAGUCUAUUGUAAACUGGAACUAAUCUUAGACACUUAAAAACAUUUUAAACACUUGAUUUUUGCAAAAUUGAAAGCUUAGUACAAAAACUUAAUGUAUUUUCUUACAAAUCUAUUUUCAGUUGAAGAGCAAUGAUUGGUCACUGACUGCAACUAUUAAGAAAGCUAAUCUUCUAAUGCAUAUUAACUUGUUUGAUUUCAAAUUGGUAAUUCUCUUUAUACAUUUUCAUUCAUUGAUUUUUGGUGAACUAGAACUACCUGGAAAAGCUUUGGUAGAUUUUUGAAGGCUUAGGUUGAUGGUAAAGUCCACGUCUGAAAAUGAACCUUCCAGCUCAGCGAGCAAUCUCACAUCCAGAACCUCCAACCUGAGCUACAAAUCUUCUCAAAACUCGCUGGUAAAGUCCAUCUCUGAGGUGGCAUUGAUAUCACAGCUUAGUGUUUGACGAUCAUUGUUGACGGUUGAGCUAGAACAGCCUGUAUGAUCUUGAUAGUCCAAAGAUUUAGACCCUAAAUCUACAUUUCGUAUCAUUAGCAGGAUGCAUCUGUAAUAUUCAAUAUAAAUUUUAAAACUGCGAGUUAGCAUUAACCAGAAACAAAGGAUAAGUUUUAUUGCAAUGUACCAAUCAAAAGGCUCCUCAGUAAGCUUAUAUUAUGUAGCAAUAGGUAUAGUCUGGGAAUGGAAAGUCUAGAUGACUUACCAUUUUCAAUUUUAAAAACAAUUGAAUUAUUUAGAAUUGCGAAAGACUGAAGCAUACAGAAAUAAUGAUUAAUAGCAAGAAGAAAAUGUUCUGGUAUGUAAGGCAGUUAUUAAAGAGUGCUGCUAAUCAUUGAAGUAAAUUAAUGAAGAAUGAAUUGACUGGAAGGCAGAUUGAAUGAAUCAACAUGAUUGUGCAGAGCACAAAAUUUCUCAAUGAGUACAAUGAGGCAAGUUUUUAAAUUGGAUAAAUGAGAAAUAACUUUAUUCUGUAAAUUGCUGUGUAGCCACAAAAUUGCCUCAAGUGAAUCAAGAUUUGAUGGCGCUUUUAACACCAGAAAAUGUAUUAGUGACAAGGUUAUAUUGCAUUAACGCUAAAGUUCCAUUAGUAUGUAUUCAAGAAUGUUCUUACAUCAUUAUCACUGUUGAAUGAAGAGCUAAUUAUAAUUGAAUUUAUAAGUCAUAUAAAGAUGAUAUGUUCAUUUUUGAACCAACAUACCCGUUGGAGAGAGGCAUCUGUGAUUUUCUAAAAUAUUUCUUUCACAACAUUGCAAUUUAUUCUUUAAAAGUAAAUUUAUCUCUUAUUGAGCCUUUUUCACACAGGGAAUGAAGAAGAUAAUAAUUAAUAGUGUUGAAGUUGCUUUGAAACUAAUAAAUCGCUACCAAAUAUCUUUUCAAUUAUAAAACUCCUGAACGAUGGAAGCUUCAUUGCUGAAAACUAUGGCAACUAUUGCAAAGAAGGAUUAGUACUCAAGCUUCAGGUUGAACAUCUUCUCAGCUUCUUGUUGCCAGAACAAUCAGCAACUCCCAUUAGGUUAAACAAAGUCGAGUCAAUGGGAUUCGCAUUUUCCCCAAAAAUCUGUCAGUUUUCUUUAGGCCAUUACCCUGUCUGUGCGCCAGGUUUCUUUGAAAUCCAUUCAUAGAGACUAACAAUCGGGGGCAAAAGAAAAUUACCUCUGCCUACAUUCAGUAGCGAAAAUCUUAAAGCAUUUCAAGCAUUUACUCUGGAAGAGCAAUCAGGAAAGUUUUUUAGUUUCGAUCAUGGAUUAAAUCUCAGGUACAUGAUCCAUAUAAAAUUUUGAUGGUGUAUUGUUUUAUUCCAUUUGAAAUUAUUAAUAUAUUCAUUGACAUUGCAAACACUAAUAAAAAGCCACCAAAAAUAAGCUUUAUAACCUAACUAAAGCAGUAUAUUUAUAAAUUUACUAUUGCUGUAUAUUUUUCCAUAUUCAUUUCAAAUUUUUUCGCAUUUUUUCUUCAACCUACAUCUAAUUAACUCACAGUAGACUUACCUACCAAAUCUCUCAAAUCCAAACAAAUAGUUAAAAGAUGUGAAAUGUGGAUUUAUAGUGCAUCUUCUAAUGUUAGCUGUGAUGUUUAUGUAGUCUUUUGUUAAAAUUUAGUUGGGUUUUGCAGAAAAAUAAGGCCAACCCACACCAGAUACUCAGAUAAACAACCUGUGAAUUCGUUUUAUUUAUUUUUUUGCUUUUGAAUAGUAUAAAUGUACAAACACUGCAAUAAUGCAAAGCUUUGCUUUAUUCACCAAAAAAAACACUACUUUGUACUUGGAACAGUUUUUAAGGGAAAACUGUGCACAACAGACUGCAUUGUUUCUCCAGAUGACUGCUUAAUGGGACAAUAUAAUGCUGUUUCAGUCUUUUGUCCUGAACAAUUGGUACAUUUCAGUGUAUUUUGUAUUUUGAAAUUCUAUGACAAUUCCUUUUUAUUAAAAUCAGAACAAAUUUAUUUUGUUUUUUGUAUCUUGUUUUGAUCUAUUAAAAUAUUUAUUUUGUUCUCCUUUCCUUAAAAUGUGUUCACAAUGUCCUAAUAGCCUUUAGUUACAAAAUCUCUUGCACUAUGAUGAUAAUACAUGAAGUCUCCUUGAAAACCAUUUAUAAGAACUACAGGUGUUUAAAUCAGUAGACCAGCAGUGUGUACAAUACAAAAUUUAAUUUACUUAAGUACUUAAUACACAGAGAUGUUUAAGGUUCUUGUGAAGAUUUGUAGCUCGGAUUGUGGAUGAGGUUGUUGGCUUGCUUACCAAUUUUGCUGGUUAUCGUACAGACGUUUCAUCACCACGCUAGGCAACAUCAUCAGUGCAGCCUCCAAUGAAAUGAUGCUGUUCUACUCUGCCUGAUAUUUAUAUGAUAAGGUCUGUU